AUGAGGACUCACCAAGAGAGUCCAGAGACACACCAGAGAGAUCCCUCACUUUUACGUCCCAGUGAAGACAGUGAAAACAUGGCCCCCUUUGAACUAAGAAACGGCCCUUCACCAGAUACCAAGUGGCCGAGGCGUGAGCACAGGGAUGGGACAGCCCACCCGGCGGCCGGUGCGCGAGCGCAGGCACACACGUACGUGUCUGUGGGCGUGUGUCUGCAGAUCCGGCCAGAGUUCAGCGCGGGCUGGGGGCAGCGUCGCGUCGCUGGGGGGCGGGGCAGAGCCAUUGUUCGCUCGCGGACCGAGUCCCUCUGGGCCGGUGGGGCAGGGUGGGGAGGGCUUCCCCGGCCCCCAGCGCCCGAGCGCCCCACCGCCUGGGGAACCCGAGGACGGGAUGCAGUUGUGAGUAGGGGGCGGCACCGUGGCUGCCCCACUGUUUCCUGUGAAACUUCCCCAGUGCCCAUUCCCCGUGUGCCCGGAGCCAUCCUGGGCUUGGAGCCACCCCCAGUCCCCGAGCGGGUCCGCUCCCUCCGGCAGACGGAGAGCUCCCGAGAGCCGGCGAGGCCGCGGGGUGCCGGGCAGAAGCCCAGCGGCCGAUGGAAGAGAAGCCGAGAAGGAGAAAGGGAGGGGAGGGAAAGCGAGGAGCUCGCGGCAGAGGGAACAGCAGAUUGCGCCGAGCCAAUGGCAACGGCAGGACGAGGUGGCACCAAAUUCCCUUCGGCCAAUGACGCGCCAGAGUUUACAGAAGCCUCAUUAGCAUUUCCCCAGCGGCAGGGGCAGGCCGGCGGCGGCGUGGUGUUGGUGUCCGCAGCAUCCCGGCGCCCGGGCUCUGGUCGCUGCACGCCUGGGAUUUCUGUCUCCUCCCCUCUUCCGCCCUCACCUCCGCGAGGGGCUGCCUCGACCAGUCAACUGUGCACUUUGCCCCUUGUUGGCAGCGGAUAA